UGUUCUCCUGCUGGAUUACUGGGUUAAAGCUGCUGGACUGGCUUAUCUAGAACUUCUGGCUUCAACAUGAGGUCUGCUGCUCUGUUCCUGCUGAUGCUCUGCUGCUCCGUCGGUGAAGGCCGAGCGGAGGUCUUUGUUCCUGCAGACGAUGGCACCAGGACCGAAGCCCGCCCCCCCAGGGACCUGAGCGUCCUCUGGGAAGAGCUGCAGGGCCUGAAGCAGCUGGUCCUCAGUCUGAAGGGGGAGCAAGUGGAGCAACGACAAGAACUCCGGACUGUGGAGAGUCGGCUGAGGGACGGGGAGAUGGAGCUGCAGAAACAGAGCAUGGAUGAGCUGCAGGUGGCGCUAGACCUCCUGCUGACAGAGCAGACCUCUGGUCUGAGGAAGAAGGUGGAGGAGCUGGAAGAGCAGACCAAAGCUGAGAUAUCAGAGCUUCGGGCCAGAAUGAGCAGCAGUGAGAACUCAGUGGAGAUCCUGAAGAAGAAGAACUCGGCUGUUGCGGCUGAGCUGCUGUUCCUGCAGACCAGACUGAGGGCCAGCGAGAGCAGCGUGGAGCAGCUGAGGAGGAAGGACACAGGUCAUCACCAUCAUCAUCCUCUCAUACACCUUCAUUACUUCUUCUCUGGGUUCAGUGCAGAGCUCUACUGAAGUGCUCACACUCCCUGACCUUAUCCACAUUUCCUCAUGUUCCGACCACAAACAUCUUUGUAUUAAUUAGAAUUCUUUGGUGACAGACCGACACAUACGACUGUGGAAGCAGAAA